AUGCCUGCCACGACCUCAACCACAUCAAACAACAACAACCUCUCUCCCAACUACAUUCCGAAAACAUCUCUCGACAAGGAAACCCGCAACGGCAGCACAAACACGAUGGGCACCGACUCCCGCCGUCCCUCAGAAACAGCCGAAUGGCUCCUCCCAGACUACCGACCCACUGAAUUCCGUUCAAGAUCUUCGAGCGUCAACAGCCGGAGUCGAUCGACUUCCGGUUCGUGGGACACGCAUCAGAUGUCUGCCCAGGAGAGGCAGUGGAGGAAAGAACACGAGGCGAAGAGCAAGAACUCCGUGAAGAAGUUGUUCAGCUACGGCUUUAUGGAGGGGAAGUAA